AGGUGAAUUUAAGUGAAAGUAUCUAAUAAAAUAUAUUGGUUAAUUUAAAAUUGGUGAAAAAGCUUGCUUAAUUAAGCUAAGACAAUGACAGCUUCUACUAUGAUUGAACUGGAGUCCUGGAUAAUUUACCAAUGUGUUUUAAAUGAGUGCCAUGUAUCCAGUUCAUGAGCUGGAAAUAUAGUCGCCGAUUUUCUUUUGCCUCGAGUAUUUUUAAGUUUUCUUCAUGGUAGCCACUUCUAUGGAGGGCGGUGCGUGGUGCGCCCGCGACAUAUCACUGCGCGCGCAGAAAAAGUUUUUAUCGCGUGUUGGUGGCGCUGCCAGCGCACGCUCACUUGUGCUUGACGAGCACGCUGCUAAACUCCUCGAUCAGUUUUUAACCGUUCUCCGCCAACGAAUAGAGAAGCGAGAGGCUGAAAAAUUGGUAAAGCACGUAAUCAAGGCGGCCGUGAAGUUGGGAGUUCUACGUCGUCAUGGACAGUUAUCGCCGGCCGAUGACCGCGCUUUAGAUGCCUUCAGAUCUAAGUUCCAUACGGUGUUAAUGGCUAUAGUGUCAUUUUCGGAGGUGGAGUUUUCCUACGACCGAGGUUUUCUACAAGAUGCACUCCGUGACUCACACCAGUCGCUCAAAUCAGUAGUGGAGCGUCACUUGUCAGACAAGUCAGUAUCGCGUUUGGCUGGAAUAUUUGCUCUUGCCUCCCGCGAGGAUCUCUUAGACUCUCUCUUCGCUGGACAAAUAGAUGAGGGGGUGCUCAAACUCACCAGGAUGCUCCGAAAAGAACUGGAUAAAGGCUGGCUUUAAGCUUUUCCUAUUGAAACCCAGUGCCGUCCUUUUGGCUACCUUGGCUUCGAAAGCUCAAUGGAUAUGUGGAAGUGGCGACGCGUAGGGGAUGUUUCCCUACGUUUGCUUCGUUUGUGGCUUUUAUGGGAUAGACAAUUGUAUUUAUCAAGGGAAAGAUGAUGGUCUAAUCUGGCGCGUUGUUCUGAAUUUAAGAUCUGAUAUACCAGAAAAACAAGUGCGUACUAUGAGUAUAGACAUUAAUAGAUAAUUGUCUAUCGUCUCAUGAGUAAUGAAAAGUAGCUGAGAUCGAGAAAGUCAUUAAAUUAGUUUUAGGACGUCUUUUCUAUGGUUAUAUUAGCAAAAGACAACAUUUCUAUUUUUGAAUUUUGAAUAUGCUCGAUUAGACGUAUUCUAAAUUUGAAGGCCUCAGAACGAAGAAUCUAGAACCACAGAUAAUCUUUUAAGCCAGAACAACAAUAAGUAUUUAAUAGUCUAUCCUCUAUGGUUUGUGAAGGAGAUUGAUAUUGUGUGAAAAGAGAAUACAUAUCUCUAUUUACUCUUAGUAACGUAUUGGUGUUGCCAGGCACGUGUUUUUUAUGACGUAGUAUUUAAUUGCACUUGCAAAAAUAUUUUUUGUUAGUUGGUCAUGACAUCUCUUGAUUUUUCUUUGUGAUAAAUAUUGUCACAAAUACUAAUUAUACAUUUUAUGCUGAAUAUAAAUUUUGCCAAUUGGUUAAAAAUAAUACUUUAAUAAGUUUAAUUUAUAUUAAUUAUUUACUUGUUUUAUUUUAUUUUCCAAUACCAAUAACAUUCGUAUAUCUAUAGUUUUAUAGCAAAAUUGCCAGUUCUCUAUAAUUUUGAGAUGAAUACUCAAUAUUUAUUAAGCGUUAUUUUAUUAUUAGACGUGAUAAGUUUUUAAUUUGAUUUCUUUGAAUUUUACUCUAAUUAUAAUAUAUAUUAUGUUGCUUGCCCAAUGAAGACUCUAUAAGUAGGUAAACAAUUUACAAUUGUAUAAUUUAGUUUUUACGUAAUAUUAUUGUUAAAUACUUCAAGAUAUAAUGAGACUUGAUUUUACGAUACGAAUUCGCAAAAUAUUUAAAUACUUUUUAAAUCAGCAUUUUUUGUAAUUUUGCAUAACGCAUCUUGCCUAUGGUUUUUUGCAAUGUUGCCAGGCCUCAGUACCUUUUUUGCGUAAAUAUUUUACGAAAAGUUGCCUUAUUUGUUAAUUUAUUUUAUAAUGUUAGUUAUGUAAAUAUAAAUGUUAAGUGUUUAGAAAAUAUCAUGACAAUAUGUAAUAUAUUACGAUUAAUUUAGGGGAUAUACCAAAAAACGUUUUUAAAUCAACAGAUCCGGUAUUUUAGGAGCAAUAGUACGCACUUAUUUUAUAAACGUUUUAAGAUUUAGACACGGUUUUCGAGAUUUUUCUAGUAUGCAAAACGUAAUGUAUUCUUCCUACUCAAAUGGUUUUAUCUCUUUGUAUUCUAAUAUGACAUGUUAUACAAAUAUUUAGUGUCUGAGCGGAAUGACCAGUUCAUUACUUGCAGUUAUGGGAACUAACAUAGUUUUUAAUUGCUACGCGCCAUUUCAAUUAUUUACAAAAAUUAAAUUUUUUAAUAUUCAUAUUAAAUUCCAAGAUGACUGUCAUACUCAAAUGACGUAACUUUUCUGUCAACUUAACAAAAAGGUACCAUUUUAACGACCUUAAAUCACACAACUUUUUCUGGUUCUGCGCAGACUAAUAGGUUUUUUGGUGGCACACAACGGAUGUGUGUGAUCCGUUUAUGACUUACAAUAUUUUUUUCUCAAUUGAAAAAAUAGAUAUAAACACCUCUAUAUAAGAAAUCCAGAUUUUACGUAAAAUAAUUUUACGUACAUUUUUAUCAAGACAGUCAAAAGUAACCUAACUUUCACUUUUCUUAUAGCGCACUGAGCUGCGCCCGAGUUGAUAUCACUAACUUAUCCAUCUCUAUUAAAUGGUUACCUAAGUUAAAUAGCAGAAAUGAUUUACUUUAAAAUUAGAACAUAUAGAUCACGUUUAAAUAAAUAGCAUUAUAACUCCCGUUAAUGACGAUAAAUCUUAUUGCCCGAAUCGUGUUAAAACUACAUAUUUCUUACCAAAUUAGAAUCUAUAAAAUAGACUCAGAAAAACUCUGCCCCAUCAGGGGUAUACGGGACUUCAAACGUUGAACGCUCCGCCAAAACAAAAGGCAUUACUAUUAAACAAGGUCAUACAUAUUAGGCCACUUAGAUGAUCUUACUAUUGUUACACGAGUUACAUGAAUUUUGGUAGUGAUGUGUCGUUCGCUUCGUCGCCUACGUCAUGUAUUCGAAGAAAUCUUUAUACCGGUCACGUGAUCUUUAAUACAUUGCUAUAACUGAAACAGAAGAUCUGCUCGUUUAAGAUUGUAACACGUUUGAAACCUGAAUAUAUAAACAUCUAAAUAAAAUAGUAGUUAUAAUAAUUUGAAAUAUCACUUCGAAAUUAUCUGAACAAUCUUUGGACCAACAUUUUAUAAACAUAUCUGGUUUAUUGAUCCAUAUCUUGUAGCAAUAAUAUAGGUAAUACACACUGCACAAAGCUUGCCACUUAAUUCGCAUGUCUACAAUAAGUAAAUAUGUAUGGAAAAAAUCAUAAAGUAAUGCAUAUUUUUAUACAAACUAGCUACUUCGGAAGGUCUCUUGCCUCCUUUUUUAGAUAAACAUAAUAAAAAAAACCUAUUUGAAACGUACCUAUCAAGUUUUUCCCAUUUAUCUUCCUCUGAAACUACGUGUUAAGUUCAAUUUUUUUUUGUUUUUUUCUAUCAAGACUUGCUAUCAACAAUUUUUAAAUAUCACUCUUAUACUCUAGUGAAAACUAUUCUAACAAUGGAUCAAAUUAAAAAGUAGAUUGUACACUCACAAACCUCACUUUUUAUCAACUUAGACUUGUAUACAACGUAGAAUACAUAAAAUGUCCAUUGUGUAUUUAAAUGUGUAUAACGCUUCUGUAUGUUAUAUUUGUGUGUGAAAUAUG